AUGCAAGACACAGGCCCGUUCCCGAUAGCAUGGUUUGGCGAUGGUUUAAAUCUCCGUGAAAUUCAACCAUGGUUUCCAUUACCAUCGAAUCUUAUCAAUAAGGGUGAAGAAUGGAUACCAGAAAUUCAUGACUAUGCAGUAAGAUAUGAUUCACCAGAAAUAUGUAAUUUACGAAAAUCUGGCAUUGGUGAAGUUCCUUGUCUUAGUUAUUUGGAAACACCUGAUAAACCAGUAAAAACUAUUCAAACCCAUGCUUGUCGACGGGCUUAUGAUCCAGAUGAGUAA